GUAGCCAUAAAAAUUUUCGUGGAUAAUAUCUAUCGGCAGGUCGUCGAACGUUAUAUUAUUACGCCUUUUCCCGAAAUUUUUAAUCCAAUAAUUAUUUCCCGAUUUACGGACGACGAGCUUUUUCAAAUCGGAUCCGAAUCGGAAAAACAAAACCGCAAACGGGAAAAAUUUAAGGCCAGGGUAAAAAAACUAAAAAGCAACCUUAAAAAUCUCCAACGAUAUUAA